AUGGCGACUUCUACUGGAUACGGGGCUACAGGUGGCUCUGGUGAUCUAACCAGCGCUGGUCACGAUGGAACCAACGAGGAGCAGCCUCUGCUCGGCCACAGGCGCUCGAUAUCUAGCUGGCGCUGCAAAAUGACCGUGAAUGUCAGCCGCGACUGGGCCGAUAUCGUGCUCCUCCUAUGCUAUGUCAUUACCGGCCUCCUCGACAGCGCCGCCAUCUCGACCUGGGGAUCCUUCGUUUCGAUGCAGACAGGAAACACCGUGUACAUCGGCCUCGGCCUCGCGGCGCCCCACGAAUCCAAACGCUGGAUCAAAUCCGGCGUCUCCUUGGUCUCCUUCUGCAUCGGCUCCUUCUGCUUCAGCCGGUUUCAUCGCUUCCUAGGCGUCAGCCGGCGCUGGGUCCUCUGCGCCUCGUUCCUCCUGCAGAGCGUCCUCAUCGUCGUCGCGGCGUUGAUCCUCACGUGGGGUCCCCCAUCUGCGACCGCGAACAGCGAUAUCACCUGGAACGUCCUCGUGCCGAUCGCGCUGGUGGCGUUCCAGAGCUGUGGACAGGCCGUCACGAGCAGGGCGUUGAGGUUCAACGCGCUGACGAGCGUGGUGCUGACCAGCAUCUACUGCGAUCUGUUCUCGGAUGCGGAGCUGUUUGCCGUGCGCAACGUGGAGAGGAACCGCAGAGUUGGGGCGCCGGUAUUCUUGCUCUUUGGCGCUGUGAUGGGUGGCUGGCUGGCCAGUUCUACCAUCGGAGCGGCGGGGGUGUUGUGGAUUGCUGCUGGCUUGAAGUUGCUCGUCGUAGUGUCUUGGUUGCUAUGGCCUGCUGAGAAGGAAUAG